GCAGGUCCUCAGAGGUGUUGGGUGCCGCUGAAGCCAUGUGGAUUACUCUGGUGCUCGCUCUCUGCGGCCUCGCUGCAGCCGUGCCAUCGGAGGACAGAAAGCUGAGCGACAAGGCAACAACGCUGGCUGACCGCAGCACAACGCUGGCCUUCAACCUCUACCAUGCCAUGGCGAAGGACAAGAACAUGGAGAACAUCCUGCUGUCCCCCGUGGUCGUGGCCUCUUCCCUCGGCCUCGUGUCCCUCGGGGGCAAAGCCACAACCGCCUCCCAAGCCAAGGCAGUGCUCAGCGCGGACAAACUGAAUGAUGACUACAUGCACAGCGGGUUGUCCGAGCUCCUGAACGAGGUCAGCAACAGCACAGCCCGCAACGUCACCUGGAAGAUCGGCAACCGCUUGUACGGCCCUGCCUCCAUCAACUUCGCCGAUGACUUUGUGAAGAACAGCAAGAAACACUACAACUACGAGCACUCCAAGAUCAACUUCCGAGACAAGAGGAGCGCCCUGAAAUCCAUUAACGAGUGGGCAGCCCAGACCACGGAUGGGAAACUCCCAGAGGUCACGAAAGAUGUUGAGAAAACCGAUGGGGCCCUCAUUGUCAAUGCCAUGUUCUUCAAGCCUCACUGGGAUGAGAAGUUCCACCAUAAGAUGGUGGACAACCGUGGCUUCAUGGUGACCCGUUCCUACACUGUGGGAGUUCCUAUGAUGCAUCGCACAGGUCUCUACAAUUACUAUGAUGAUGAGACAGAGAAGCUCCAGGUGGUAGAGAUGCCACUUGCUCACAAGCUCUCCAGCAUGAUCUUUAUCAUGCCAAACCAUGUGGAGCCUCUGGAGAGGAUUGAGAAACUGCUGAACAGGGAGCAGCUAAAGGUCUGGGCUGGCAAGAUGAAGAAGAGAUCAGUGGCCAUCUCGCUGCCUAAGGUCGUCCUGGAAGUCAGCCACGACCUUCAGAAACAUUUGGCUGAUCUGGGCCUGACAGAAGCCAUUGACAAAACCAAGGCUGACUUGUCAAAGAUCUCUGGCAAGAAAGACCUUUACCUGUCCAACGUCUUCCACGCUGCUGCCCUUGAAUGGGACACGGAAGGGAACCCCUACGAUGCUGACAUCUACGGCCGAGAGGAGAUGAGGAACCCCAGGCUCUUCUAUGCUGACCACCCCUUCAUCUUCAUGAUCAAGGACAGUAAAACCAACUCCAUUCUCUUCAUUGGCAGGCUCGUGAGGCCCAAAGGGGACAAGAUGCGUGAUGAGUUGUAGUUAGGUUUUUUUUUUCCCAGAGCUUUGGUUUGUGUGUUUUUUAGUGGGGGAUUUCAAAAAAGGGGAAACACUAUUUUGUAUCCUUCUCGAACUAUGGGUGCUAUUCAGACCAGGGUGCAUUGUGAUGAGAAACCAGCAUACACUUUACCUCACCCCAAAAUACUUAUUGCACAAACCCACCUCCAGAGAGGAACAGGGAAGCUUGGCACAAGAGGGUCACCAGGAGUGGAAGGGAACUGGCAUGCACUGUCUCAGCUACUGGCAUUCUCAGCUGAGAUGUUCAGGCUGAUGCCUAGCUCCUCCCUACACUAGAGUUAAGCCUCCUGCUAAGUACCUUGCUGCUACCAUCAGCCCUGCAAAGGCACAA